GCUGAGCGUGAGAGAGAACGAGAGAGAGUGCGUUUGUUGGGAGGGAUCAUUUAAGUGAGACUCGCGUCCAACUGCACGUCAACGUUCAGUCUUCUCAGCAACAGCGCCCAGUAUUGAUCGUGUCCGUCUUUGGUGGUGCCCCCUCGGGAAAUCGAAAGUGUACGUGUGCGCUCCCUUGUACGUGUGCUCGUCCCCACGGCCAUCCCCAAAACGCAGCAUCCGAGUGGCGUACGCCCGCGCGCGCACGCGUGUCUUCCUUUGCGUGUGAGAACAAAAAAAACGCUCAAAUUGGAGGAAUAAAAACAAAUCAACCAAGCGAGACGAUUACGCGCGAAAACCGUUCAUCGUGUGUGCGCGCGCGUGUCCGUGUGUGUGUGCGAGUUUGUGUGUCCUGCGUGGAAUUUGUGAUCCCUUUCGUCCGUCCGUCCUAAACGCACCCAAACCCGGAGGUCAAUAGAAACACCCCUAACAAUGAUGAGGCACCAUAUCGGGCUGCUGUUUGCCCUUUGCUCGUGUUACAGUUUGCUGGCUCUCGUGCAAUCGCAGCGCAUCGAAACCAUCCCAUCGAUGUCACCGUUCUACGCAAAUUUGGAGCGCAAUGUGGAUCUGCUGUGCCGGGCGGAUAAACCGAUCGAACAGUGCCGCGUCCGGCUACCGGGAACCUCCUCCGAGAUGUAUGACGUCACCAACCUGCCAACGGGCGUUAAAUCCAUUGGUGACCUCGACCAGGGCGAAUGUGGCAUUCGAUUGGCAGUCUUCAAGUCGGACCGCAUCGGGAAGUUUGUGUGUGUCCUGACGAUCGGUGGCGAGCAGUACGAGGAUGCGAUCGAAGUGCACCAACGAGUCGCACCUCAACCAACCGAGCUGAAGAUCUCCAAACACACCGCCCUCGUGGAUGGUGGCAUUCGAGCGGAUCAGCUGCUAAAAGCGCGAUGUGUGUCACGCCUUGGGUUGCCUCAAUCCAACCUAACCUGGUUUCUGAAUGAUGAACCGCUCGACCCAAAGCUACUCAAGCCGGUUCACGUCACGUCCGAGAUGCACGACCGGCAGAUCCUGCAGACGGUUCAGCAGGAGGUGAAUCUGCACAUUACACCCGAACUGAACGGCAAGAAGCUCGUCUGUGUGAUGGAACAUUUUGCGCUUGAGACGAAGCAGGAAACCAUCUUCCCGCUGAACGUCAAGUUCGCACCGGAAGAGAUACCACACAUCCACAUCGACGAGCUGCCAGCGAGCGGAAGCGCCACGGUCAACAUUACGAUCCACGCCAACCCGCAACCCAUCACCCGGUGGACGGUAAACGGGCGGCUGAUAAAGGAGGGCGAAUCCGUCGACGAGUACCAAGCGUUUGUGCCUCGCCGCAUGACGGGAAAUGGCGAUUACGUGGUGCUGCUGAAAAACAACGACUGUUCGAAGGAGCGUGCCUCGCUGUUCACGCUCGAAGCCACCAACGUACUCGGCACACAGACGUACGUCAUCAAGGCGGUGCGGGUGGAUGACGAGGGGGCGGAGUACGUACGGGACGCGGAUGGUUACGGGAGUGACGGCAGCAACGCGGCCACCUUCUGGCUGAUAAGCGUCUGGACCUUCUUCUGCUCUGUGAUAGCUACACGUGUGUUGUGAAUCCAAUUGGCCCAUCCCGCGCUAGUCGCUAGUCCUUCGCGUGGCUGCGAGUCUGCCGAUGAGUCGCAGGGAAAACCCAGGCAAGGCUGGCAGUAUGAGAAUAUUACCCUGAUGCAGGCUUUUGGGGGAGGAGAAUUGGUGACGGUCUAACAAGCGCGGUGGAGGUUCGUUCGGAAAUAUUCUCAUCUGCCCGGUCGGGCCCGUUGCGUCUCACCAGCACGACUCGCAUUUCCCACGCGAAAAGGGCAUAAUGUACUUCCGCUUUGUUGUAAAUUGUAAAAUAUGCAAAACGAUCCGAUAGUUCCUCCGAAAAAAAAAGUAUUUACGCCACAUUGAAGGCCCAAAAACCGGUGGGGGAGGCAGCGCGAAAGCAAUCGGCCAAGCUGGGCUGUCGUGAUGUGGCUGUACCAAAAUUAUUUUACAUUUUACUGUAUUUUUUUUUUUCAACUAGAAUAAGCGCAGGGUUAAGCAAAGUGGGCAUGCCAAAUGCACAGUUCCAGGGUGCCGUGUGAAAGUGAUCGAAUUAAGAAACGGGGUGGAACGGAAACACACA